CGAUGCGCGGACAAUAGCCCAGUGGCGAGUGAGGGUGAUGUGAGCAGCAUGCGGUGGCUGGCAAUGGUGGCCGUGGUGAUGGUGGCCGUGGCGGGGGUGGUGCGAGCGUGGGACUGCGUCUGCAACCCGAGCGAGUGUGAGGGCUUGGAGCCCAGCGGGUGCCCGGGGCAGGGCUACGUAGUGUGGGAUCCCUGUAGAUGCUGUAAAGUAUGUGCAAGAACGUUAGGAGAAGACUGCGGCGAGUUCAAAGGAACUUGCGAGCCCAAGCUACAGUGCAUCGAGGGCACGUGCACCACGUGAAGCUGGGGCAAAAUGGACCUUGUAUUAUAUGUUCAUAGAGUAGAAAUUAAACAUAUCUCAAAAACUGUAGAAUGUGAGGACCAGCUUCAGACCCAGACCAGGAAGCGUUGUCUCUAGUGACAAUAAAUUAGAUAGUGGGAGGCGAUCGUUUUGUACAAGUAACAUCUCGAUCACGAAGUGUAUCCAGUAUCAACAUUAAUUGUUUAAUCAUAAACUCGUCUUGUUAAAAUAAAAACUGGGACUUAGAUUUACAGCAAUAAAAGAUUUGCUUGCCCUCAGGAAUACCUUGUGCGUUGCAAUUAUGUAUUAUCAGUAUCAUUUAUUAAAAUGCUAUUUAAACAGUUACUAACAUUACUACCUACUGUAGGUACCUUAUUCAUCGUUUCUACUUAAUACAUGUUAUCGGUUCUGUAAAUUGGGUAUUCUGUAAAAUGCCCAGGAAUAGAAUAAAAUGCCUAAAACACUAAGAUAAAAUAUGCCAUAUAUAUUUUCUAUUAUUAACAUAUGACUAGGUAUUUCAUGAAAUACCUGGGUAUGUACAUGGACCUAUGAUGAUCAGUGAUAUACAAUAGUAGUUAAGGAGACUGCUACAUAAAAUAAGAGCAUUAAAAUAAAAGUGCUGGUUUAUAAUAAGAUCACACGAGUGUUUUAAUGCCUAAUUAUGUGCAGUUAGGUACAUAAACUGCUUUCUAUACACACAUGUUAUAUCUAUGUGUUCAGGAACCGUAUCACCGUCACCACUGCCAUUGCGGCAAUGAUGCAUUGAUCACACUGUUUGCAAUUCAUAUUUCAUUACGAAUAAAUUUGAAUAGUAGGUCUCAAUGUAGCCCAUCAGGCUUCCAUUCUACCGUGUCUGAUUAUUGGAAUAAAUGUUUGAACAAGUCUCAGUGGGUUAUUAGCAGACAACAUGAGAGAAUGAGUGGUAAUAAAACAAAAGUAGUGUGUAAUAUAAUAGCAGAUUAUUUGUAUUAAAUUGAGUUAAUAAUUUCUAAUUAAAUAUAAGUUAUAGACAGUCAUGGUUUGUCUUGGACGGCAUUAUCACAAGAACCUCAAGCAAGCAAACAAACCAAGUAUACGGUCAAAGAGCAAGAAAAAUGUCUGACUGAUGGGCGUAGUGGUAAAGCUUCAAUUGAAAAUAAUGGGAAUGAUAGUAAAUUGAAAUAAUCGUACACAAUUGUAUAUUUUUCAAUUGGUAUUCCAGUUUUAUAAGAAUUUCUGCUAGGAAGUUCCUAGUAGGAAGUAAAUAAGCUGGUGGUCAUGUUUUUUUUAAAAUUCUAUAUUACUUAAGCAAAGUUUACCUACAGUAAGUUUUUAAUUAAUGUUAAGUAAUUCAGAUGAACAGAGUUAGACCAAUAUAAGUUUGCAACGAUUUUGAUAGCACACGCUGUGCAAGUGUUACUUAUACGACAUAAUUUCAUAGAAGUUUGACGUUUAAAAUAACACUUGCGAUGCAUGUGCUAUCAAUAUCGUUGCAGACUUGUCUUGGUCUGACUCUAAUAAAAAAUCGAAUAUGAUUGAUGUAAAGUUAUGGUUUUCCCUUGAUUUUAAUUUAUCACUGACUGCUAUAAUAUUGCACACAAAUGUAUAUGGUUAAAGACUUGCAGUGUUUAUUUCACUAUAUCUAGCUAACUGUUGUAUAGUUGAAGUAAAUUUUGUAAAAUUAAGUUACAAGUAAAUUGUAAAAGUGUAUCUAUUCUAUCAAUAUUGGUGUGUGCUUCCAGGUUACUGUAUAAUUAAGAGUACGUAUUGUAUGUAUGUAUUGUAGUACCUAAUCUCUCUUCUUGUAAAUAUGAAUCUGAUUAGCAUUUUUAUCUUGUAUCUACGUAAACUUGUAAAGUUAAAUAAUAAGAAAAUUAUAAUAAGAAUGUAAGUUAAAUAUAAGUUACAAUUUAUUAGUGUUUUACUGGCCUACGAUUUUUUUUGUGAAGUUGGACCUUUUACAAAAACAUUUUAUUUUUCUAACAAUCUAAAUUUUUUAAAUAAAUUUAUGAGUACCUACAAAACGUUAUGAUUAGGAAAAACUUGUUUCCAUCUUAUAGCUCCGCGCGUACCUCCACGUUCCGCACCUCACUAAGCGCAAAGCUCAAAAUUUCAUUUUUCAUCUCGUAAAACUACGGUACGUUGUAGUACGGGACAAACGCUAGGAAGAUGAUGAUGAUGAUCACGUAAAAGCUAAGUAUGUACGUACAUUUUGGUAAAACCUUAAAAUUAAUAAACCUAGGAAAAAAACAGGCUUUCUUGAUUGUACUUAGUUAAACUUCAACAUUACCCGUCAUUAAGUAUACAAUAGAUAAUACCUAAAAUCAUUCCUUGCUUUUGAAACUUUACGAUUGAUUCCUUAUUUUCGUCGAAAGAUAUCUUGUUUGAAGCAUUAAUUAUUCGGUUGGCUGAUGAAACAACGAUUUUAGAUUAGAAAUUAUUUCUUUACGGCUACACAACAGCAUCUGAAUCUGAAUUGGGUAUUAAUUAUUUAUGUUCUUUAUUUUUCGUAGUUGAUAAAUAUUUUACUAUAAACGAAUACUAAGUAGGUAUUGUUAAACUGUACAAUUAUGAUUUCUAUAAAUCGAGAUAAAAUGUUGCUUUAAGAUUGUUAAAUGCUUUGUAAAGAGAAUCCCAAAUACGUGUUAAGUUGUAGCAAUUUGUGUGUAGAUGUGGUUAAAUAAACUAAACCAACUUUCAAGAAAUUAUUUUUUUAUUACGAGUAAAAAAAAUGUAGCAUGGAAUUGAUAACUUAAUAAAAAGCAAACUAGAAAACUUAUCCAAACUGUAGACGCAUACGCGGUACAGUCAUCAUCAGAUGUAAUACAGCGGCCGACGUGUUCAAAAAUAUCUGAGCACGCACUCUAGCGCCUUAACAAUAGAGGCGUAUUCAGAUAUUUAUGGGCACCUUGGCCGCUCCGAUAUAUCUGAUGGCGACUGUACGAUUGGUUAGAUGAUUAUUUAGGCUACUUCUUUAAACUCACCAUCGACAUUGAUUUACAGAGGUCCUGAAAUAUGUAUUGGUUCAUUAUAGAAUGACAACUUUUUGAAUAUUUUUAUUGUAUUCCCCGUAAUAAGUACUCUUUUAACAGGAUCCUUGUAUGAUGAUGAUAACGUAAGAAAAUGGAGGGUUUGAAAAAGUAAAAACACUAAUUAUACCUAUUUAUUUUUAUGUCGUAAGUACUGAGGGAUUAAUAACAAAACUAAACAUAUUUACUGUAACCUGUAAAAAGUUUACUCCGAGCUACUCGUUAAUUGUGCACACAUGGAAUAAAAAUUUAAAGUUAA